UGUAAACAUUCAAAGUUAAGUUCUGGUUUCCGGCCUGAAUGAUGAAGUUCAAAGUCUAAAGCAGGAAGCAGGGAAGUGAGACAGAGAGAGAAAGAGCUGUGAAAGAAUGAAGCAGAAAGAAAGCCUCCCUAACUGAAGAUACGCUCAGCUUCAUUUGUGUCCCAGUGAAAUCACUACUUAACCUGUUACUUUCCUCAGCAAAAACAGCAAAAGGAGAGUUUUCAAGUUGUAGAAUGAAAUUAUUUUGCAAUAAUGUCAGCAGUUGGCUGAGGGCUUUUUGUUUCACAGCCUUGGUGAUGAAUGUCACCCUUGUACUAUAUGAGUCCAUGUCAUUGGUCCGACAUCCCAUUAAUCCGACGGUCCGCGGUGCUGAACGGCUCCCGGCGGGCGUAUUUUUUCUGCCUUGACGGUGCACCGCGACCGGCUCUGGGUCAGCUGGGAAAGGCUUGAGACCUUAACCACAGGGCAUCAUGAUGAUUUCGGAACAACGGGACUUCGGAACAAUGGGUUUAAUAUGGUCGGAACAAUGGGAUGUCGGACCAAUGGGCUGUCGGACCAAUGGGCAGUUCCCGUACUAUAUGUAGCCAUGUGGAUAGUUUGUGAUUUAGUUGCUCUCAGGCUUGUAUUAUCCACCAUCUGUACCCACCCAGAAACAGUGAUGUUCCUCUGAAGCAAAGAAAUGAGUAUCUUUCAAAUUCCACCUUUCCAUCUUAGCACUGUCCCAGUCCCCUCAACAGGAAGACAUCCCAUAAUACAGUAUAUUAUCAACAACAACCCCAAGAAGCUCAAAAAAUUACUUAAGGACAACAACAUUAAUGACGUUUACCCAUGCAGAGAGUGUGAUGACUAUAUAACCCCGUUGAUUGCUGCUGUUGUAAAUCAGAGGGAGGACAUCUGUACAUUUCUUUUGCAACAAGGUGCAGACCCAAACAAGGCUUCCCAAAGAGGUUUAACACCUUUGCAUUAUGUCUCACUAUCCAAAGCAUCACUCCUUUUUGUGGAGAAACUGCUUGAAGCAAAAGCUAAUCCAAAUGGAUCAAAUCUAAUACGGCUAUACACACCACUGCAGACUGCUGCCAUCAGUGACAGGGAUGAUGUCGUGAAAGUGCUCAUAUCUGCUGGUGCAUCGAUACAAUUGUUGCCUUUCAUUGCUCCUGAACAUAAUAUUCACAAUGAAAAAAUAUCUCAGAUGGUUCAUAACCUUGCACUGAAUGGAGAUCAAUUUUGCUCCAAGAUCAGAUAUUUUUUGGAUGUGGAAAUUGCAGUGCGACGGGACCCGCUUGAAGAAGUGUUCAAAAGUUUUCACAGUCACAUGCUGCUGGAGGAUCCUCAGACCCAUCUGACCAUGAUUGAAAUACUUUUUAAUGUGAAUGGGCUGAAUGCAGAAAAAUACCGCCAGGGAUGUAUUAAAUGGCUGAAGGACACUGGAAACCUGAACUCCUACAUUGCAGGUGCAGUCAGUCGUUUCCCAAAUAUUCACCAGGAUCAUGUAGUUUACAUAAUUGCCAGUUCACAUACAGUUUUCUGCACAGUGGAAGACAUACCAAAUGAGCAGGCUUUGGCUAUAAUCCCCCAUCUACUGAAACAGCUUGGUUCAAAAGAGAGACUUGUGAUAAUAUGUGAUGUUAUUCUGCAAACACUAUAUGUGAUAACACAGAAGACAAAAGACACAAAUGGCUGGGAUCCCAACUUUGUUGAGAAGUUAUGCCAAACAGUUGCUCCUUUUAUAAAGGACCAGCACUUCUCUGACACCAGAGUCUUCACAUACGGCAUAUUUGCAAACUUACUGUCAGUUAAACACGUGGCCAACAUCUUUCCAUCAGUGGGGAUAACUUCAGUACCUGAGGACAUACUGACAACUGCAGACAUGAAAAUGAACGACAAGCUGAAAGAGGUGCUCAGACGACUGAAAGAUCAUUUCAGCAAAGCAAACUCAGAAUGUGAAGACUCUAAAGCAUCACCUGGAUCCAAGAGAAAGAAGACAAAGAAGGAAAAGUCAGAAAAGCAAGAAAAACCAAUCAAUGAAGUUUGCACUGCCACAGCUGGUCUUACAGCAGCUCCUGUCAUGGACUCAACUUUAAAUAUGCAGCCAUUCCACAUCAGCACCACCAUGUCAUCAAUAAAACACAAAUGGCUACAAAUCAGCAAGAGGUGGCGAGGACAACUGGAAAAACUUCUGAGCACUGAUGAAAGUAAAGUCACCAGAGUUGGCAGCAUGAGUUAUGUGAACGAUGCAGAGUUCCGCAUAGCGAAGGGAAGUGAUGGCACUGAAGUUUUCUUGGGGCUGAGGGAUGACGGCACUGAAGUUGCCAUUAAGAGAAUGUCCAAAUGCAACUAUCAGGAGCUGAAGAAUGAGGAAGGAUUACUGCGACUUCCAGAGCUGGAUCAUCCAUCUAUUGUACGAUACAUUGACUUUGCAGAGGAUGAGAACUUUGGAUAUCUUGGUCUUCAACUGUGUGAAUACACCCUGGAAGAAUACAUUAAAAAAAAUGAUAGUGGUCUACUGAUGAAAAAACUUGUUAAAAAGGUUCUAAAGAGUUUAAAGGUGCUUCAUUGUCAAAGUCCUCCAAUUCUCCACCGGGAUCUCAAACCACAGAAUGUUUUGAUCGAUGUUAACAGGAGGGCAAGAUUAGCUGAUUUUGGCAUAAGCAGACGGUUACCCAUGGGACAAACAACUCUACGCACAGGCAGUGCAGGAACAAAAUGCUGGAUGGCCAAGGAGACUUUAGAAGGAAGACCUGACACACCAUACAAGUGGAGCACUGACAUACAGGUGGCAGGGAUGCUGGUUUAUUAUAUCCUCUCUGGAGGACACCAUCCUUUUGGUGACAUACCCUUUGAAUGUGAGUACAACAUUCAUAAGGGUGAGUAUACUUUAAACCAUGUCCAAGAUGUGGUGGCAAAGGAUCUCAUCAAGUGGAUGAUCAAUAAAGAACCAAAGAGCAGACCUAAGGUGGAAGAAUGCUUGAGUCACCCCUUCUUCUGGACCAAUGACAGGAAAGUUGAAUACUUGAUAAAGAGUGGAAACAGGAAGGAGGCUGAAAACUGUCGAAAUGCUGACCAGGAAUUGAUCUCUUCACUGGAAAAAUGUGCUGAGGAUAGAUCCUUCAAACAGUGGAGAGAUAAGUUUCCACCAGAGUUGCUCCAGAAGAUGGAUGGCAAGAAGAAACCCUAUCCUGCAAACACACUGGGAUUACUGCGCUGCAUACGAAACCUCCAUGAGCACUAUGAGGAAGAUGCAGAGGAAGUUGAUGUGAUGAAGAUGUUUCCUGAUCUCUUUGGAUGUGUUUACAAGUUUGCCAAGACCCGAGGAUGGAAUUCAGAGACACCCUUAAAGCAACUGUUUCAAAGAGAAGACAUCACCACCAGCUUCACAAAGCUGUCCAUAAGUCCUGAGGAGCAUCUGACUGUCCCAGUUCAAGAGUCUCUCCCCAGUGACCUGAAAGUUGAUAAGGACACAAGUUGAAAUCAAAAAGGAUCAAGGACUUCAAAAGUUACUUCAGAGUCUUAUUAACAGUCAGAGCUUUGUAUUAACAACAAGCAGUUCUGAUGUCAUAUUUUCCUUUUUGACAGUUACAGUGUAUCGCCCAUAUGUCAAGGUUUUAGCAGCACAGGGCAACAAGACUGCACAAAAAACAAGUGCCAUGGGUCUUUUUCACACCUGACAUUAUCAGACUCAUAAAAGGAAAAGCACAGUUGUAACAAAUAACAUUAACAAAGGCUACCCUCUGUUGAAGUGUCCCAGUAAGCCAUGCCAACAUGUGACCAACACCAGGACCCUGAAACUGAAGCAGCUGAAUGGAACUCAGCCAUCAUUCACUGUAUUAUUUACACCUGUGCUUUUUCUUCUGUGACGUGUCAAAAUGUGUUUUGUGAGAUAAGCCUGUAAGGUUUUGCACAUCUAUUGUACAUAGUAACUAUUUUCCAAAGGUUAUAAGAUACUGUGCAGUCGUUUAGUUUUAAGGGACUUUCUUUUUACUUUUGACUUAUUUUGAGGAAUUGUUCUUGACCAUUAAUAUCAUUAUUAUCAAUAUUAUUAUGUUUGACUUUUUUUGCUUAGAUUUUACUGCUGAUAUAUUUUACCACUGUAGUUAUGUUUAACAUUUUACAGCUUAAUGUUCUUUUAUUCCUGCAUAUUUCUGUCAUAUUGCUACAUUAUAUGGGGGUGGAAGAAAAGGAAAUUUAAUGAAUUACAGUAUCAUAUUCUAUGUUGAUUUCUUUCACAAAUAACUGCAGGGACAGAUGGUGUUUUGUGUCAUUUUAGUUUCUUGAGAUGUUCUUGACUGUCCCAUUUGCCUUGUUCCAUUACCUGCUGUCAUGGUCUCUUAGAAGUGCCACUGUUUCAGAAAGAUUGUAAAAGGAACAAUUAAUGUUGAAUUACAAGCUAAAAGAUGUGUGUAAAACAAAGGAUGCAAUUCCACUCCCUGUUUAUCAAACAAAUCUGAACAGAUCUUUGCACUGACUUCAAUUAAAGAUGCAAAAUGGUCAUGGACUAUACUAGCUUGACAACAUGCAGAUUUUUGUGUGUGAUUUUGCUUUGAGCAUAUUGAGUGUUACUCUCAAAGUAUACUGUAAAUCUAAUCAUAAGUAUCAUAAUAAAUGUUUAAAGGUA